GUGAGUGUUGAAAGAGGGGGGCGAAACGAAAAAAUUUAAGGAUUUCGUGGCCGCUGGCAAUUGGGCAAGAUUUAUAAGAGGAGAGUGCGCCCACCCUUAAAAAAUAAUAAACCACAUCCCCAGGCCCCAACGCGGAAACCACGGAAGAAAAGCUUCGAGGAAAAAGCCCCGCAAGGAAAAACAGCGGCUGUUAAUCUUGCCGGUGGAAAUCACAACAAGCAGUGAGUUUGGAGAGAGGUGCGGGAGAAGAAAUGAAUAAAGUCUAACUUUUUGACUGAUCAAGAUAACGUGCGCCCGUCUUGACUGCCGCGAGAAGAGGCUCACAAAAGCUUGCUUUUGUGUGUGAGGAGUACAUAUAUUUUCACCGACGCCGGGAUUGUGUGGGCGUAUACGCUUAAUGUGAUUCGGUUCUGGAGGACGUAUCAGCUGAAAAUAAAGGUCAUCAUCAUCCAGCCCGCCAUGAAGUCCUGCUGGUGCUGCUGACGAGAAUUCCGCGGUCCAACCCCCCUCCAAACCACCAUAAAACCAUUCUCAACUGGUGCAAAACAUGAAAGUCGUCGUCGUCGUGCUGCACAAAAACUAUGCACAUCACCGUCCUCAUAAUCGCCUGCUCUCCUGCUGCUAGCGUGCAGUGACGCAACGGGAAGACUGGUUGGCAAACGUGUGUGGGAAGACUGGCCGAAAUAAUGAUGAAAAAUUUAUGGAAAAAGUGUUGCAAGCGAAAAGUGUCGAGUGCUGUUCAUGAAUAAAUUCGCUCGACUUUUGCAGGGAGAGGCAAAAGGCAACAAAAACUUUGCGGUUUAGUGAAAGUCAGUGGGAAAAAAAGUUUGUGAUUUUUAGGUGGUUCUAGAGUUGAUUUUUUAGGUAGAAUAGUUAUUUUUCUUCGUGGAGCGUGCACGCGGAAAAUAGUGCAAAAAUUAUGAAAAAUUGAUCGAAUCGCGGCGCGAGUGGGAACAGAGAAAAUUCAAACAAAUCGAUUUUCCAACAAAGCUGGGGCUGAAAGUGUUAACGUGGAGUUUGCUCGAAAAAAAGGGAAAACGAGCGAAGAUAAAACAAAUCACGACCAUUAGUCGAAAGGAAAAUUCCAAAAAAAGGGCGAGGGGGAGAUUGUAAAAACGAGCUAGCGGAAAAUUGCCGAAGCAGUGAAAAUCAAAGCAAAUACGAGCUCGUAAAUUUUCCAACGACGUCGACUGAAAGAGAAAAAACUCAAACUCCUAAAGCCGGUGAAAUAUCGAUUUCGAUAAACAAAUCAUAACCUCAAACAGGCAGAGCAGUUCCGUUCCGUUCAGCUAGAAUGAGGUUAAAACGACGCGAGGAAACCGUCGUCGCCGAGGGGUCCACAGAAGCAGCCACAACGAUGGAAAAUGACGAAGCACUGACCAGGUUGCAGGUCAGCGGUCCGUCGGCGGAACUCACCACAGAUGGCAGCCACUGUCACGGCAGUGUUGCCAAAAGUCGGGAAAUACGGCGGCGGCGGCGGCAGUCCCAUCUGCACCUGUUGACGUUUAUCACCGUGGCGCUGCUGACACAAUUGAUUGUAAAUAUUAGUAUAGGUGAAGCAGCCAGCCAGAUACUGAACAAAGCGGAGCCCCUCUUCAUCACCCGGUCCGAGGCGUUCAAGUUUGCCGUCGGUGACACCAUCACGCUGCCCUGCGAAGUGUCCUCGCCAGGUUCAUACGUGCUGGCGUGGAAGCGUGGAAUCGCGAUCCUGACCGCCGGCACGGUCAAGGUCACGCCGGAUACGCGGGUGCGGCUCGUCAACGGGUACACGCUGCAGAUCCUGGACGCGACGGCCGCGGAUGCCGGCGACUACAUCUGCCAGAUUGCGACGAUGAACCCGCGCGAGAUCACGCACCACGUGGAGAUUCUGGUGCCACCCAAGAUCACCCACGUGACGUCCGGUGGUCACCUGCAGGUGCGGAAGGGUUCGCCGGUGCGGCUCGAGUGCUCGGCCACCGGAAAUCCGAUGCCCAACAUCACGUGGACCCGGAAGAACAACCUGCUGCCCAACGGUGAGGAGCAGUUCACCUCCUCGGUGUACGUCAUCGAGAACAUGGACCGGCACAAGGGUGGCACGUACAUCUGUACGGCCAACAACGGCGUCGGCCAGGUGGCCACCAGCCAGAUCAUUCUGCACGUGCUGUAUCCACCAGAGAUAAGCGUCGAGAAUCCAAUAGUCUACUCUGGUGAGGGCCAGGAAGCGAUGCUGGUCUGCAUCGUUCAUGGCGAGUCACAGCCGGAAGUACUGUGGCACAAGGACACGAUGCAGAUCGACCAGACGGAGCGGCACGUGAUCGAGAGUCGUGGGGCGCGCCACACGCUCAUCAUCCGCAAGGUGCACCCGCAGGACUUUGGCAACUACAGCUGCAUCGCGGACAACCAGCUGGGCAAGACGCGGAAAACGGUCACGUUGACGGGCCGGCCCAAGGCGGCGGUCUUCCGGUCGAUGCCGAACAGCCAGUGGAAGGACCGGUACAACAUCUCCUGGAUCGCCGACUCGCACUCGCCGAUCGAGGAGUACAAGCUGUACUACCGGCUGGUGGACGGGGACAUCCUGCAGGGCCACGAUGGCAUCUACAUGGACGGCCGGAAGUCGCACCACACGUACAUGGGCGGAAAUAUGCUCGACUACGACCGGAAGAUAACCUCGUUUGACUCGUACUCGUACGGCGGUGGCGUCGGAAGUGGCGGCCUCGGCCACAGCGUAUACAGCAGCCACAGCGUGCACGGCGUCGGCCACAAGUGGUCCAAGACGGACUGGCGGGACGUGGUGCUGCCGGCGUUUCCGUACUCCCACCACUACACCCAGGGCAUGAGCUACAUGCUGCGGGCGCUCGAGCCGGACCAGCAGUACGAGGCCCGGGUCCAGUCGAGAAACCGGUAUGGUUGGAGUGAUUUCUCCGAAAGCUUUCUGUUCACCACAUCAAACACAGACACCGAGAUCCGCGACCUGAGUGUCACGCACCGGGACUCGAACGGCAGUGGUCGAAGUCACCCCAGCUUGCUCACCACCUCCGUGACGGCAGUCAUCGUCCUUCUUCUGGGAGCCACGCUGCAAGCCAGGGCCAUCGUUUUUUGAAGGUGACCGUUAGCCAUUUAAGCAGCAGUUAAAAAAAACACACACACACACACAUUCAAACAAAUCAUGAAAGAAAGAAAGGGGAAAAAGUGGCGCCAUCUAUUGGGGAAACUUACAGCGCCACGAUUGCAUACAUGCAGGCGAAAUAGCAUCACAAACAGAGAAAUCGGUCCACGUUUUUUUUGUGAGAGAAAAACAAAAAAGUUAUUGCAGAUGUUUAUUGAAUUUCGUGUUUUUGUUUCUGGUUAAAUCAAUUACCAUGUGCAGCGGGGCAUCUGUUUUGUCGUUUGCCCAUUGAAUGGUGAUUAAAUUUUAAUUCGAUUUUCCUGCCCCAAACUUGUUCUGCUGCGGGGAGGUGUUAUGUUUGUCCAUUCAGCGUGAGUCAACGAGCGUGGAUUGAUGAAAUUAAGCAAAAACAAAAAAAAAUGUGGGAAAGAGAGCGAAAGAGUAGUGAAAAUGAUAAAAAUGUAAUGAUGCAACCAAAAAGACUAUUUUUGAUAUGGAAAAAUUAAUUUAAAUAAAAACAGAGGAAAAACGCUGUAUGAAGUAUUAAUAAAUAACGCAUAAAAUGAGCGAUGAGAGAGGCGAUAAAGUUAAUUUAUUUUUAAUUAAAUUUAAAUUGCCAAAAUGGGCGAGUCUUUCAGAGUUUUUUCCGUUUUUAUUUUCCAUCGAGAUGGAAUUCCAUUUCGAAAAACAAAACAUAUUUUUUGCGCAAAAAAUAAAGUGAUUUCCCGGAUUUCGAUUAAAAUCGCAACCAAAAAAUUUCGCCUUUCUCCCUGGAAGUGGCUCGGACGGAAGUGACGCGGUUGUAAUUUUCAUUACGUUCGGGCUGGCUUUGUUUUCAUUUCCCUCCGUGUAGAGCACACCCAAUUCAAUAAAGCACCGCCAGUUAAUGGAAAAUACCACAUGAAAGAAAAGUGGGCCGGAAGGUGGCAGCACCACCGCGGUGGCCCAGGAGAUGCUCGACGAAAUUAAGUGCAAUUUGAAUAAAAUAAAAAUAGCUGGAAAAAAAAUCCCCCCCCCGAAAACAAUGGCGGCGAAGCGAUGAUGACAACAACAGGCACGCAGAGAAAAAAAAAAGAUAUAAAUGGCUCGAUAAUUUAUUUUAAUUCAAUUUCCACUUCAUUUUCACGUCGGCGGCGGCGAAAUAAAAAUCGAAAAAUAAUCUGGACAAGAGCGGUGCGAUAAAAAUGGCCAGAACUCGGCGAUGAUGGUGAUGUAAUCUUCCCGUGGAUCAACCGUCGACAUAUUUUUUAGGGGUGGAGAAAAAUGGGUGGGAGAAAUUGAUGAGCG